CUCGUGGUGGUGUGGGUCAUCUCGACUUGAAAAAUCUUGGAUUUUUUCCCAUAAUGCAUUGCUGUUUUUUUCUACUUCCUCUUUCCGCCAUAUUGCAGAACCGGCAUCAUGGUGCGCAUGAACGUUCUCGCAGAUGCUCUGAAAUGCAUCAACAACGCUGAGAAGCGUGGGAAACGCCAGGUCCUCCUUAGGCCCUGCUCCAAGGUUAUUGUGCGCUUCCUAACCGUCAUGAUGAAGCACGGUUACAUUGGUGAGUUCGAGAUCAUUGACGACCACAGAGCCGGAAAAAUUGUCGUCAAUCUCACAGGCAGGCUGAACAAGUGUGGUGUGAUCAGUCCGCGUUUUGAUCUCCAGCUCAAGGACCUGGAGAAGUGGCAGAACAACCUGUUGCCUUCAAGACAGUUUGGAUACAUUGUGCUGACCACCUCAGCUGGCAUCAUGGACCACGAAGAGGCCAGACGGAAACACACAGGAGGCAAAAUCCUUGGAUUCUUUUUCUAAAUGUAAAGAACUGCAAAUAAAAAUUCAACCAGGUGAAA